GGCUGGGCUCUUGUCACCCACGACCCGUGAAUUGCUGUAUCAUUUGGAUAUAAUAAACAGCAUUUUAAAGAGCUACCUGGACCCCGCAUCCCUCAUUUUUGGCUCUUACAGCCCCCCUUCCUUAGGCUUUGUCACAGCUUUCUGACCACAGGCUGAAUUGCUGCCAGCGUCGUGGAAUGGACUUUGACUAGCAAAUUAAACUUUAGAUGAUGCCAAUUAAAAGGCCUCACUUUUGAGACAAACAAAAAUGGAAGAACUGGAUUUUAAAAUCAACAUUGAAAUGUUUUGGCGUAUUUCUUGAUUUUUAAAAGUAUAAAAAACCACUCCAAAUCUAAAAUACCUGGAUAUUGCUAAUCCUGUGGCAGUAUGACUGUUGGUAAAGAAAUGAGAAAACACUCAACCCAAGGCUCUUCUCCAGAGUAUGAAAAAUUUGAAAUUCAUUGGUAGAAUUGUCAGGCUUCAUAUCAGAAAAGCAGUGCACAAGUCACAUAAACCUUUCUGAUGGAAAUGUCAGAAGAUGAUAAUAACACGGAAGAACUCCCCACUGAAAUUCAUGAUUAUCUUGCAGCAUUUGAAAAGUCCCUUAAUUCUGUAGAUGAGAUGCUGAAGACAAUGAUGUCAGUUUCUAGGAGUGAGAUUUUGCAAAAGUUAGAUCCUCUUGAGCAAGCAAAGCUGGAUUUGGUUUCAGUGUACACAUUAAAUUCUAUGUUCUGGGUAUACCUGGCUACCCAGGGAAUCAAUCCAAAGGAACAUCCAGUGAAACAAGAACUGGAGAGAAUAAGAACAUACAUGAACAAGGUCAAAGAAAUAACAGACAAGAAAAAGGCAUCCAAACUCGAUAAAGGAGCUGCUUCUAGAUUUGUAAAAAAUGCACUCUGGGAACCAAAUGCAGAAAAUGAACAUAGUUCUCAAACUUCUGCUAAAGGAAAAAAGUUACAGAGGGACUGAAUCUUUUUUCCCCUUGUAGGAAUUGCAGACACCUAGAACUUACUUGGAAAUGUUUUGCAUACUGCAUGCAUCUCAUAGAAGUGCUGUACAACAGGUUAAUUUAUAGUCAUGAACUUUACAGGAUUGUAUUUUGUCCAGAACACUUGUCACUGAGGUGGUCACAUUUAAUGUGUAUCUGAAAGUGCCAUUUGAUGCACAUUUGACAUUUCAUUACUCAAAUGAUAAUGACCUGACAUAUACUUGCUGGUAAUAAAUACUAGUGAUAUUUUGUUUAUAAUGCCUGUGAUUUCAAUAUUUUUUUAAUGAUUUAUUGACACUUUUUGAU